GAAUUAUUGAUAUUUUGUUCUUUUUUUUUUUUUUGAGCAACUGAUAUUUUGUUGUUCAAGUUACUCGAAUGAGAUGCUAUAAAUACACAAGAUUGCAUGGGCUCAUAACAUAGCUUCAAGCAUCACCUUUACUAUUCACUCGCUCUCUCAAUCUUUCUUGAUAGCCACGCAACAAAGAAACGAUGUCGAAGAAGAUGAUCGUGCUGAAAAGCUCCGACGGUGAAUCGUUUGUGGUCGAGGAAGCGGUCGCACGUCAGUCGAAGAUCAUAUCGUUUCUUGUUGAAGAAUUACCCGAUCAAGAAUUACGGUUUACGAACCUGACAAGCGAGAUCCUCCUGAAAGUGAUCGAGUACUGCAAGAAGCAUGCGGUGGAAGACGGUAGUGGUGAUUCUUCUUCGUCCUCCUCCGAUGAUCUCAAGAAGUGGGACGUGAAGUUCGUCGGGGAAAUUGAUCAGCCCACGCUCAUGGAUCUCAUCAUGGCUGCGAAUUACCUACACAUCCCGAGCCUGCUUGAUGUCACGUGCCAGAAAGUUGCCGAUAUGAUCGCUGCAUGCGAAGACGAGAAAAAGAUUCGAUCGACGUUCAACAUCGAGAACGACUUUACGGAAGAGGAAGUAGAAGCGAUUCGCAUGGAGAAUCAAUACCCUAACUAGUUUCUUUUAUGUUCUUUGUUUGGUUUUUGUGUCUUCGAAUCUCUAGAUACGAUGACUAUCGUUGAUUUCGUGUUCAAGAAGGGCUUAUGCUUAAGAAAUGUAAGAGCAAUUCUUGAUUAUAUGCUAAGCUCUACAAAGUAUCUGUACCAAUUCUUGAUUAUAGGACUUGAGUAUUCAAUCUUGUUUCCAACUAACUCUCUGCCAAGAUAACAAGAGUUUGUGUUUCACUAAACAUGACUCUUGUUUUGGCGCUCGAGAAGAUGACUCCUCGGGGAAAAUUAUUUAUCGUGCAGAACAAGAAAAAGGCAAUUCAAAAUCCACAUACAAUAAUAAAAAGUAAAUAAAGGAUAAAAGAGGUGAAGAGUGAAGACUAAAU